AUGCUAAUCGGCAAUCAAUGGUUCUUGAAGUUACUUCUACCAGGGCGCAUCAUACUUUCCGAAGAGCUUCCUAUCAUAACUGAAACGAAGUUCGGUUGGGUGGUAGGUGGUACACAUUGCAGCGAAGCCAUUCAGGAUAAUGUCGUGUAUUCACAUUCGGUUACGAUCGAGGAACUUUGCGACUCGAUUCAGCGAUUUUGGGAAGUAGAGAGCGUUCCCCAGCAAUUCCAGUCAAGCACCGAAGAGGAUGAAUGUGAUAGGCACUUCAUAGCAACACACCGAAGAGAUGAAACAGGAAGAUAUGUGGUGCAAUUGCCAUUAAGAGAUUCACUGGAGCAGCUCGGAGAAUCCAGAUCGUUGGCGCUCCGACGAUUCUUCGGGUUAGAGAAACGUUUUGCCCAACAACCAGAGUUAAAACGGCAAUACGUAGACUUCAUGCAGGAGUACGAAUCCUUGGGUCACUGUAAGGAAGUAUAUGAGAAGAAUCACGCACCAGGGAUGAGAAAGUGGUACUUACCUCAUCACGCAGUUUUACGACCUUCAAACACAACAACGAAGUGCCGCGUUGUUUUUGAUGCGUCUGCUAAGAUGUCUGGUUUAUCAUUGUAUGAGAUGAUGAAGAUUGGUCCAAUCAGCCAAAGCGAUUUGCUUGCUAUAGUGCUCAGAUUCCGGGAACAUCGACUUGUUUUGACGGCUGACAUUGCAAAAAUGUACAGGCAGAUUGUGGUUGCUGAUUGUCACACCCCUCUACAAAGAAUAUUUUGGAGAAAGAAUCCUUCUGAUCCACUUCGAGUGUUAGAACUAACCACGGUUACCUAUGGGACGGCUUCAGCACCUUUUCUGGCAACAAGGGCACUUCUUCAAUUGGCAAUUGAUGAGAAGCACAAAUAUCCUGUAGCAGCUUCCAUUGGCGAGAACAGCUGUUAUGUGGACAACGCACUCUUUGGUUACGAUAGCCUUCCGCAGGCGUUUGAAUCUCAAAGGCAGCUAAUCAGCAUGAUGGAGGCCGGUGGCUUUCAUCUUCAUAAAUGGUCGUCAAAUAUUCCAGAGCUGCUAGAAUCGUUACCGAGAGAAGAUCGUGAAGAGUUAGUAAGUUUAAGCGAAUAUGGAGCAAAUGAAGUAAUAAAAACCUUGGGUCUUAUGUGGAAUCCAGAUUCAGAUGAAUUAAUCUUUGUAUCGAUGCCCACCACGAACGUAAAGCAGCCUACAAAGCGUCAGAUUUUGUCGAUGUUCGAUCCUUUGGGACUAGUGGCUCCUGUCGUCGUUAUUGGGAAAAUGUUAAUGCAAUUGGUCUGGAAGGAGAAACUUGAUUGGGACGAGCCAAUUGUUGGUGAUUUGGUCAAAGGUUGGACAGGUUUCUUACAUGCACUGGAAGGGGUCAAUCAACUUCGGAUACCAAGAAGAGUGGUAAGCAGCAGUGCUGUGGCAUUCGAAAUGCAUGGGUUUGCGGAUGCCUCCGAUGUGGCCUACGGAGCUUGUGUAUAUAUACGGUCGAUAUCCGAAGAUGGAUCUGCAAGCAUGAAAAUUAUUAGUGGAAAAUCGAAAGUGGAUCCUAUCGCACCGCUAAGUAUACCAAGAAAGGAGUUGUUGGCAGCUCUUCUGCUGCAUCGUUUGGUAGUGAAAAUUCUUUCUGCUUUGAAAAUGUCAUUCAAUGAAGUGAUACUUUGGUCAGACAGUCAGGUAGUAUUGGCAUGGCUUACUAAGCAACCCGAGCAGUUGGAAUUAUAUGUUCGCAAUCGAGUGAGAGAAAUAACAGCAACUGGUACUAAGUUUGAGUGGAAAUAUAUUCCAACAAAGGAUAAUCCCGCUGACAUAGUGUCACGAGGGUUAUCAGCUAGCAAGAUAGCGAAUAGUGAUUUGUGGUGGAAUGGUCCAGCGGUUUUGAGAUAUGCAAUUUAUCGAAUGGAAAUUCCCCCAGCCUUGCCCAUCGAAGAAAUCCCAGAGUUAAGGCCAAUCGUUUCGGUGAAUAUAGUCGCGAGGUACGACGAACUUCCAGUGUUCACUAAAUUCGAGUCAUUUGGGAAACUGCAACGCGUCCUAGCCUAUGUGCUACGAUUUCGCAACAAUGCCAAGAAAAGGAAGGAAAUCGCGCUUUAG